UGUAUCACGUGCGUCCGUGCCUCUCUACGUGAAAGUCACGCGAAUGUGCUACGCCUCUCGCUUGACGUUAGCUGUUCGUUCAGUCACGAGUCGCGACUGCAAUCGGCGGCUGGUGGAUUUUCGCCCGGUGAUCUCUCUCUUUGCGUGAGGUCCAGGAUGAAAUUUCGAAGCUGAAGAUCCGUGACGUGUCUGGGAAGCAUCAGUGCGAGUGUUCGUAGAGGAGCACGUCGUCGUCGUCCGAGCAAUCUCGGCUGGUUUCGUUCUCGCGAGAGAACGCGGAGGUGCAAUACGCGCGAAAGCACCGAUCGAUCGAUCGUUGAUCUUGCGUGAGAUCGAAUGUUUCGCGGGGAUCUCGAACGGCGUUCCAAAUGUGUCUUUCUGCGGAGACUUUCGAGUGAUAAGGACGAGUAUCGAAGGCCGCGCUAUACGAUUAUUGCUGAAGACGUCGGUGCGAGGGAGAGUAAGAGAGAGAGAGAUUUGGAGAGAUAUAAGCGACUGUGCGCCCGUCGAUGAAUACGCAGUAUAAUUCGCGCGAUAGUUAAAUCCGCUUCGGAUCAGCGGGUCCGAUUUGUGAAAGCGCUCGUUGAUAUUCAAAUGCUGAACACACACAGUCACUGAACACCGGCCCCGAAGUGUACCGCGAAAGAUAUACAGUGCGUUUCACUUCGAGUUCGCGGCGAUGUGCUGAAGAUUCUCGAGAACUUGGCGGAGACGACCUCCAUCGAAAACGCGACUUACUCGACCAGAAUUCACGGGAUGCUUUGAAGCACUUUACAUACACAAUGGAGUCAUCAAAGCCUGUGUAUAAAAUAACGUUUCGAAACAUGUGAAGUGUCAAACGGACUCCGUGUAACACUCUCGCAACCUAGACCGCUUUCUUCUUGACAAUUUCUCCCUCUCUUUCUCUCUCUCUUUCUCUCUCUGUUUUUGCCCCAAAUAAGUCGAAAGAUAUCCGGUACACUUCGAAUUCCGAGUGUAAGAGUAUUAAGACUUGAAUUGAACGAGACGUGGCAGUGUCUUCUGAUAUCUUCUCCGAGCGGAGAUACAGAAAGGAACGGGGAGAGUGGAUAGAAAGGGAGCGAGGACGACGCUCAGCUGGUGGGGGCUCGUGUGAUAAGGACAGAGCAAUCAAGAGGAAAGGCAGAGAAACGAGAAAGAAGAAGAAGAGGAAGCGGCGGAAGAGGAGAAGCAAGAGGAGAGAGCGAGAGUGAGAGGCUGUUGAUCGAGCGUUAAUCUAUUUAUCUGUUGAGCGAUUGUGCCAAACCAGGAGAGCAUGGCUCUUCUUCCGUCGAGAGACGGACGGACAUGCCGUAACGUGGCUAACAGUAACAACAGCUUUUGAUUGUUGACUCGAGAAGCGACGUGUGCAGUUCGUCUGAAUCUCUCCGGUCGUCCGGGGGAAGACAGCGCGACGUUACGACUUCCCAGAUUACAACUGCACACAGUGCACCACCUCCUCUACCUUCUCUCUCUCUUUCUCUUUUUCCUCUCUCUCUUUUUCUUUCUCUCUCUAUCUGUCUGCCUGUCUUUCUCUGCACUCUCACCUCACCAGAGGUUGCAUGUUCGCUGCCUCUUUAGUCUUCCUUUUUAUCGGCACUUGGCAUUCGCGAGCGAUUCGACAAACAGAGAAAAGAUCAUCGGUCUAGACAGAGAGAGAAAGAAAGAAAUCGACGGCGUCGCGAUCGACGGUCAAUAGACUGGGCGCGUCUUGCCAUUAGAAGACCAUGGAAGACGAGAAGAUCAAACUAAUAUCGAAUGAUCUGUGAAGGUGUACAAGGCAUUGCGCCAUAAAUCGUCGAUUUAUCAUCACCAGCAACACUUUGCAUUCGCGUUCGAUUUUGCACACGGCAUCAUUGACACCGUCAUUGAAUUACAGCCAGCGACAGGGAGAGGCAGAAGAACGUACGGCGGAUACGGCGCUUGCACACGGCAUCGUUGAUAUCUGGUUGAUAGAUAAUGGCGUCUCGUGGAAGAUUCGCCGAUAAGGUGAGCUACGGCUACGGAACAAGCAUCCCCCCGCUGAACAAUGUCGAGGACGAGAAGGAAAAUGAAAGUGACUUGUCAUCGCGGAAGGUGAUCUUCUGCGUUCACGGAAAAUUGUCGGGCUGCUGUACGGUGGUGAAAGGCUCCUCCAUCGAUGAGACUCCUUCUGUGGAAUAUCAACAGAAUCUGACAGUGCAGGAAGACCACUGUCACAGGGAGAGGAACGAGGAUAUCGACAAGAAGGCCCGAAAGAAGCUGUGGCUCGCCAGUGCGCUAUGCGUCGUUUUCAUGAUAGCAGAAAUCGUUGGCGGAGUAUUAUCGAAUAGUUUGGCGAUAGCGACUGACGCCGCACAUUUGUUGACGGAUUUUGCGUCGUUCAUGAUAUCCCUUUUUUCCAUUUGGGUCGCGGGCAGACCGGCCACCAGGAAAAUGCCUUUCGGUUGGUAUCGCGCAGAAGUUAUCGGUGCGUUAACGUCAGUUUUGCUGAUAUGGGUGGUCACCGGGAUUCUGUUUUAUCUAGCAAUCGAAAGAAUUGUCAAUAAGGACUUUGAACUGGACGCCACGGUGAUGUUGAUCACGUCUGCAGUUGGUGUCGCGGUAAAUCUAGUAAUGGGCCUGUCGUUGCAUCAACAUGGCCACGCUCACGGCGGUGGACACAGUCACAGCGGUGAACACAGCCACAAUGGAAAUAAAGACGUGGAAAAUCACGACGAUGAUGCCAAAGAACAGAGAAACAUCAACGUGCGCGCGGCCUUCAUUCACGUUUUGGGUGAUUUUAUUCAGAGUAUAGGUGUAUUCAUCGCUGCAUUAGUCAUAUACUUUAAGCCAAGUUGGAGCAUAGUGGAUCCAAUAUGCACGUUCCUCUUCUCUAUAUUAGUUAUGCUCACUACAGUAGCUAUUAUUAAAGACGUAAUGAACGUCCUGAUGGAAGGCAUCCCCAAAGGCUUCGAGUAUUCUCACGUGGAGAACACCUUCAUGCAAAUAGAUGGUGUUGUUAAGGUGCACAACCUUCGAAUUUGGGCGCUCUCGCUUGACAAAACUGCCUUGUCAGCGCAUCUUGCUAUAAAACCUGGGACAAGUCCGCAGAAUAUUCUGCGCACCGCCACGCGAAAUAUCCACGACAAGUACGAAUUUUUCGAGAUGACGUUGCAAAUAGAAGAAUUCAACGAACGAAUGGAGAAUUGCAAGCAGUGUAAUUCAUUGUCGCAAUAA